UAAUUGUUGUGAUAAACUUAUUAAAUAGAUUAUUUAUGUGUUGUAAAAAGCGCAUUGUAUGAUACACAACUGUUCUUCUCUCCGACGGCUGUCCUCGCACAAUUUAGUUUUCACUAGUGUUCGGAGGAAUCUGAUCCAAAUGGGAUACUCGAGGGACCACAUCUUCAUGGCAGUACAAGCUGUUCUCUACAUGUCCUGUGCUACAGCUGCAUUUAUCGCUUUAAUUCCUAUAGGAGUAGUAAAAGCUAGCUUUCGAGACCACUGUAUGUUGUAUGGGGAAGUGACCUUCACCUCUACGGGGUCGUUUGCGGUGUCCUCGUGGGGAAGAGACUCCACUUGUUCCUACAUCUGUUGGAUCAAUGCUUUGGUGCUUAUAGCAGGAGUGUUCUUCGGCGCAUACUUCAUAGCCAUGUGUUGCACUGGAAGAGAAGCGUUCGGAUUAGAAGCUGCCUGCUGUGCGCCCUUCCCUAUUCAGAUAAUUGUUCACAUUGUGUUCACUUUUCUCACCUUCCUCGCCGCCUGUCUGUCUAGUGCAGGACUCAGACACCUCUGCGCUUCCAUCAAAAUACAGUCUCAAGACACAUACCAAUGUGGCCAAAUGGCCGGAGUGAGCUGGGCUGAUCCUUAUGUACACGACACACACGGAGAGUUCUAUGAUUUCCUACACUCAUCCAAGACAGCCUGCUGGUUCGUGUUUGUGACUGUGCUGUUCAAUCUGAUGAUAUACUUGGCCAGAUGGUACUGGGAAAAGCUGCAACAUGCAAUCAAUGCAGAACAUCACCCCAUCAUACAUGACACUACCACCGCUCUUUAAAACCAAUAGUAAUGACGUCACCGGCCAGUUUUAACGUUACACAAUAGCUACAAGCGACAUCACAGAAAUGGCUCAUUUGGAAAACAGAAGCAAUAUUUGUGGAGUCAAUCGACUUCAUUUAGAUAAAACUAAAAAAACUAAGGAAAUUAAAGAUAAUGAAAGUUGCAACCCUUUUGAUAGAAAAAAAGGCCAUUGGAAUCAUUAUGAAAUCUAGAUAAGCUCAAAUUGUUUGAGUUUUUUCAACUUAUAUUCCGAAGAUUGUAAGGAAGGACUAUUUCUUUUCGUGGAAUUUCUUUUUUGUGACUUUCAUUUCUGGGCUUUGGUUUAUUUAUACUGUAAUUCGACAAUCGCAAUUUAUUACCAUUUUCGGUGCAAUAUUAUUUAUGUUGUCAAUGUUUUAAUAUUUUGAAAAUGUUUAUACGAAGCUAUGUUUUCAUUUAAUUUAUUUAUUGCAAGUU